AUGUCUCAAGAAAAACCCACCCUCCGCUGGGGAAUCAUCGGCACGGGCCUGAUUUCCUCAUGGUUUAGUCGGGACAUCUCUCUGGCGCGUGAUAACGCCCAGACAACCCACCACAUUCAAGCAAUUGGCUCUUCGUCCAUCGAAAAGGGCACCAAGUUUGUUGAGAGCCAUCUGCCAGACCAGAAGCAAUAUCCCACUGUAUACGGUAGCUAUGGAGAAGUCUACCGCGACCCAAACGUGGACAUAAUCUACCUUGGCAUCCCACAUGCUUUUCAUAAACAAGCUUGUCUCGAGGCCAUUUCCCACAGCAAGCAUGUGCUGUGUGAAAAGGCUUUCACUCUCAACGCGAGAGAGGCCAGGGAGGUCUUUGACGCCGCCAAGCGAAAGGGGGUUUUUGUAAUGGAGGCAAUGUGGACUCGCUUCUUUCCGCUUGUUAAGAUACUGAAGAAAUUGGUUCAUAAGGAGAAAGUUAUCGGCGAUGUUGUGCGUGUGUUUUGCGACUUCGCCAUGAACCAAAACCUCGAAUCUCUUGGCCCUGACUCGCGACUGAAGAAUCCCGCGCUUGGUGCUGGAAGUCUGUUGGACAUUGGCAUUUACAGCUUAACAUGGGGCUUAUUGACUCUCGAUUCGGAAAUUGGGGAUCAAGCGCAGAAACCCAAGGUAUUAGCAACACAAACUCUAAAGGAUGGCGUCGAUGUUGGGACAUCCAUUCUCCUCGCUUAUCCAAACGGAAAACAGGGCAUUUUGACGUCCAACGUGGCUGUCAAGACACCUGCUCAAUUCUGUAGAAUUGAGGGUACUUCUGGUCAUAUUGUGGUUCAAGGGUUUGUAGCUUCAGUGCCUGCAUCGUUCACUGUUUUCACCGAGCAACAGCCUGAGGGCAAACAAUAUGAGUUUGAGCGCCCAGGCAGGGGCUUUUACUGGGAGGCUGAUUCGGUUGCUCUUGAUAUCGCGGCAGGAAAGACAGAGAGUGAUAUAAUGCCGUGGGCGGAGACAGUCCGGGUGUUGGAGAUCCUCGAUGAAAUCAGGGCACAGGGAGGAGCUAGAUUCCCUCAGGAUCAAGAGAGUUGA